AUGAAGAUGAAGACAGUGGCCAGCAUAUUUUUAUUGAAUUUAGCCAUUGCGGAUUUGUGUUUUGUGAUCACGUUACCUUUGUGGGCAGCCUAUACAGCCAUGCACUAUGAAUGGCCUUUCGGUAGCUUUUUGUGCAAACUGGCAUCAGGAGCAAUUACAUUAAAUUUAUACACAUCCGUCCUUCUACUUACGUGUCUCAGCAUUGACCGAUACAGAGCCAUUGUGCACCCUAUGAAAUCUCGCAUUCGGCGCACCAUGAUGUUUGCCAAGAUAACCUGUAUUGCAAUAUGGAUUCUUGCAUGUUUGGCUAGCCUCCCCACUUAUAUCUUUCGGAGAGUAAUCCUUAUUAAAGAGGAAAACUUAACAGUUUGUGCUUUUUACUACAAGUCUAAUGAUACACAAAAUGUGUUGAUUGGAAUGGGCAUUACAAAGAAUGUUCUUGGAUUUUUCAUUCCUUUCUUGAUCAUUUUGACAAGCUACAUCUUCAUUGGCAAGACACUGAAGUCAACAUUCCAAAGGCAAAAAGGUAAAACCAGGAAUGAUGAUAUACUUAAAAUGAUAGUCGCAAUCGUUCUGGUGUUUUUCUUCUGUUGGCUUCCACAUCAAGUGUUUACUUUUGUGGACAUUUUGAUCCAGCUGGGGCACAUAAAAAGUUGCGUAGUAGAAGACGUUGUAGAUUCAGCUAUGCCAAUUACCAUAUGCAUUGCUUACUUCAACAGUUGUCUGAACCCAUUCUUGUAUGGUUUUUUUUGGCAAGAACUUCCGAAAACACUUCCUGCAACUUCUUAA